AUGGAGAUCGAGAGAGAUAGGGUGAAAGGGAGUUUGAGGCUUACACAGAAGAGCUAUUUGCAGAGGAUGCUGAAGAAAUGCAGUUUUGAUAGAAAUGCAAAAGCAUUAUUGUUCGUGUCGCUUCGAGAACUUCCAUCACGCACAACAAAGUGUAAGUUUGGUGGUGUGUGGAACAGUGGAGGUGGAGGUGGAGAUGGGCAGAAGAAUCUGUUUGUUGCCUCCUUUUUCUUUGACAGGGCUGCCGAGAUGAAAACUUUAACUGCAAUUCUUCAUGCUGGUUUUGUGGAUUCCAAUUUGCCAGUAGCUAAGGUUAAGCCUGCAGAUUUUGAGGUUGCUGCAAAGCUUGCUUGCAAAAUGAAAGCGGAGGAAGCCAAGACUACAUAUCCUCAUGUCUCAAAAGAAAACCUUCCAUACUUGUGUAUGGAUCUCAUUUACCAGUUCACAUUGCUCGUUGGUGGAUUUGCAAUGGAGCCCCAGCAAGAGAUUACGCUAGUGAAGAAAGUGCAGUAUGGCGAUUCAUUAGUAGAAGCAGCAGCAUGGCCACUGGGUAGUGCCAUUGAAGCUGCAUCAUCGACAUUGAGACAUUGUUAUUGA